AUGGAACCUCCUCCUCGACCGUCAAGUUCUCUCUUUGAUGUCUUUCUCCGUCUCCGACCCUCGCAUUCCGCCAAAGCUGAACGCUUUCUCAACGUCGAAGAAAUCGAGGCUGCAAAUCCAACCCAUAUUACAAUUAAGCCGCCCACGAAUGAUGGCCGCAAGCGUGCAGUCGAGCGAUUUGCCUUCACGAGAGUAUUUGAAGAGGAUGCACAUCAAUCCGAGUUAUUUAAAGGGACUGGCGUGGUGCCAAUGAUCGAGGGAGUGUUGGGCGGGAAGGGGAGAGAUGGACGGGAUGGACUACUGGCGACUCUGGGUGUUACUGGGUCGGGGAAGAGCCACACAAUCCUCGGCACCAAGUCCCAGCGCGGCCUGACACAAAUGGCCCUCCAUGUCCUCUUCCAAAGCACCGGAACCCAGCUUGUACAAUCCUUCUACGGCGCUCCAGCCUUUUCUUCCCUCGCUGCCGCAGAUGUGUCAGAAGCCCAUAUGUUCACCGCCACGGCCUUCCUAGACUCCAUGUACGGAGACAACCAAUCCGAGCGUUACCCGUCACGAGCGCAGACUCCCAUGCCUGAUUGUAGUUCAUUUAUCACGAAUCCGACAAACAGGUCCAAGAACAUCCCACGCCCCUCAACCCUUCCUCAAAACCCCAGCGUUCACGAUGUUGAUAUAUCUGUGGAUUCGAGCGCGGAGUAUUCUAUCAUUGUGUCCAUGUACGAGGUCUACAAUGACCGGAUCUUUGACCUUCUCACCGGAAAUGCGACGAAGAGCAAGAAUCCCAAUCUAAAACGUCGAGCGUUGCUGUUCAAGAGCACAGAACAGAGUCCUGAUAGGAAGGUAGUGGCAGGUCUAACUAAGAUCAUCUGUGGAAGCUUGGAGGAGGCGUUGAUGGUUCUAGAGACAGGCCUGAUGGAGAGGAAGGUGGCAGGGACUGGUAGCAAUGCCGUCAGUUCUCGGAGCCACGGCUUCUUCUGUGUCGAAGUCAAGAAGCGGGAUGCGCAGCGUAAAGGUCCAUGGUCUAGCAGCGCCCUUACCAUCGUCGACCUAGCAGGAUCGGAACGCGCUCGCAACGCAAAGACUGCGGGUGCUACUCUCGCCGAAGCUGGUAAGAUUAAUGAAUCGCUCAUGUAUCUUGGUCAAUGCAUGCAAAUGCAAUCCGACAACCAAGAUGGCAGCAAGAACAUCGUCCCCUUCCGUCAAUGCAAACUCACCGAGCUCCUCUUCUCAAAUUCUUUCCCCUCAUCCAACACCCGUCACUACCAUCACCACCAUCCCCAGAAAUCUAUCAUGAUCGUUACCGCGGACCCCAAAGGUGACUUCAAUGCAACGUCCCAAAUACUGCGCUACUCCGCCCUCGCUCGUGAAGUCACCGUCCCACGCAUCCCCUCCACAACUUCCACCAUCCUCUCCGGCACCCCCCUCAAAUUUGCCCUUUCUACCACAUCCUCCGGCCGCACAACACCCUCUGCCGUCCUCGAGGAGCUCGAAUCUGCGAACGCCGAAAUCUCGCGACUAACCGCUGAAAUCGAGAUCUUCGCCCUCCGCCUCACGGAAGAAACCGCGCGCCGCAAGGCCGCAGAGCAGAGCUGGCGCGCGGCCGAAGAGCACAUGCUAGAAAUCGAGCAAGACAUCCGCGACGAGUGUUUUGCAGAAAUGGAGAACGCGGUUGAGCAGGAGCGGAGGCGGUGGCAGGCAGCUUGGGAUGCUGAGCAGGAUCAUAAUGAGGUGCAUAUGGAUCGCAAGAUUGAUGUUGUGAUUAAAGCUACGAAGCAGCAGAUGCUGGAGCAGCAGCAGCUUGCGGUUAAGAUUUAUGAGGACCCCGAUCCGGAGAUGGGACAGAGGGUGGAGGAGUUGGAAAGGGAGAAUGAGGUUCUGAGGGCGAGGUUGGAGGGGAUGGAGAGGGAGGCGCAGGCGAAGAGUGCGAGUCCAAUCAAGAAGAUGAGGGUGCUUAAGGCGAAGAAGUGGGAGGAUCCGGAGACGACGUUGAGGGUGGGGAUGGAUGAUGAUUAA